AUGCCUAGUGGUAGCACUUUAAAGCGGGAUCGUCGACAUAUUCGACCGUCUGUUGAAUCACCCAAUCAAGGUGUUGGUGACAGUCCAACUACCAGCAUUACUGCAACUAAAUCGUCAUUCCCGAAUAAUACCAGUGUUCCAGCUUCACCACCCAAAGUUGAAGAGACACGGAAUGUUCCAACCCCGAAGCUGAGAAGAUCUACCCGUGUUACUAAACGCCCGGACAGAUUGAAUUUAUAG